AUGAAAAGGGUAGAAAAGGGAGGGAAAACUGCAGAGGUUUUGGCCUCCAUAUUGGCUUACUCCAUCUGCAGCAUGAGCAUGAUUAUUUUGAACAAACUGGUUAUGUUCACUUACGGGCUAAACUUUCCUAUGGGGCUGCUUUUCAUUCAGAACUCUGGUGCGGUGCUGCUUGUGUCAUUUGGGAAGUAUAUGCGUUGGAUUCAUUAUCCAGACUUCAGUAUGGAGGUAACGAAGAAGUGGCUUCCACUUACAUUUCUUUUUGUUGCCAUGCUGUGGACAUCCAUGAAAAGUCUUCACACAAUGUCCGUAUCCAUGCAGACGAUUAUCAAAAAUCUUGCCGUGAUUUUUACCGCCUUUGGGGAUUCAAAGUUUUUCAACAAACAUGUCACGCCCCCUAUGUAUUUCUCCUUUUGCCUUAUGUUUUUUGGCAGUUAUUUGGGAGCCAAAGGCGACCAAUGGGUGACCUCAUGGGGUGUAUUUUGGACUUGUGCCAACAUUGUGUCGACAGUAAGCUACACACUGUAUAUGAAAUUGCUUUUGGGGGAUGUAAGUGCCCAAAUUGGACGUUAUGGACCUGUGUUCUACAACAAUUUGCUUUCGCUGCCGUUUAUUUUGGCUGCACUCAUCACGUCUCUUCCUGACAUGCUCACUGGACUAUCGAAUGCCCCGUUUGACGCAGUUUUUGCGCUCAUUUUGAUGGUUUUUGCGGGGUCCGUGAUGACCUUCGCCGUCUUUUGGUGCAUGAAGGAGACGUCACCCACCACGUUUAGCGUCAUUGGUGCUGUUAACAAAGCUCCACUGGCCAUAAUGGGGAUGAUUGUGUUCAACCAGUUUCCGACCCUUACUGGCUAUGUGGGCAUUUUUUUGGCUCUUAGCGGGGGAUUCAUUUACACUUACACGAAUGUCUUUAAUAAUGCAAAGGCACAGGAGCGCGGCCCGGGAAUUGGUCCAUCAUGCACGAUACAUCAGGAACUCGGUAAUGAAGCUGCUUCAUCCACAGAAAAGCUUAAAAAUGUUCUCUAA